GUAGUAGGGUUCGUGGCGCCCUUUCUAUAAGUACGAAACCAAUAACGCCUUCCUGCGAUCGAGUGCGUCAGCCGCCAGUGGCUCCGAGGGAGGGGAGGAGGGGGAAGGCGGAGACGACGAUUUCGAAAUCUUGGACAUGGUGGUUUUUAGGUUCCAUCAGUAUCAAGUGGUCGGGAGAGCUCUCCCUUCGGCGACCGAUGAGCACCCGAAGAUCUACCGAAUGAAGCUGUGGGCUACGAACGAGGUCCGCGCCAAAUCCAAGUUCUGGUACUUCUUGAGGAAGCUUAAGAAGGUUAAGAAGAGCAACGGACAAGUGUUGGCGAUCAACGAGAUUUUUGAGCGGAAGCCCACUAAAAUCAAGAACUAUGGCAUCUGGCUUCGAUAUCAGAGCAGAACAGGUUAUCACAACAUGUACAAGGAAUAUCGUGAUACUACUCUGAAUGGUGCUGUUGAACAGAUGUAUAAUGAGAUGGCUUCACGUCAUCGAGUAAGGUAUCACUGUAUUCAGAUAAUUAAAACAGCUACAAUACCUUCUAAGCUUUGCAAGAGGGAGAGCACUAAGCAGUUUCAUGAUUCCAAAAUCAAGUUUCCUCUAGUGUUUAAGAAGGUUAGACCUCCAAGCAGGAAGCUGAAAACCACGUACAAGGCGUCAAGGCCAAACUUGUUUAUGUAAUUCUUAUUCAGAAUUGCCUAUUUUUGGAGCUCAAUCAGUAACAAGAUGUAGAAAUUAUAAUGAGGUCAAAGCUCAUGUAGUUUUGUUUUUCAAACAAAAAACAUUGUUCAUUAAACACUGCAUACGAUUUUCCGUGUGCUAUUGAACAUAUUUCAGUGUAUUGUCUUUGGAGGAUUAUGUCUUAGUUUGUAAGACAUAUUUGGUGGUUUAUGCAAAAGCUGAGGCUUGAGGUUCA